AUGUACAACACAACAUCCGUCCAUCCAAUGCCUCAUGGAAAAUCCAAAUUCAUCCCAGCUGUCAAUAAGCUGAUCCUAAUGGAAGCAAGUCUUUUGAAACCUGUUAUCCAAUAUUCCGAAGACAAAAUCCAACCGUUGAAGUCUUCGCCCGAGUUAGCGUCAGAAUCAAUGUCAUGGAUACAUGAACCCCAGGAUCCCGCGACCCGAGCCGCAAUAAAUACAGUCACCGCCAUUACGCUUCGAUCUGGGAGUAUUCAAUGCCGCGUAAGAUUCGAGAGUCAAAUCCUAGCCGCACGUAAAGUAUUGGCUUUUGCAAGCCAUGUUCAGCAAUCUCCUGGAGCUCUUAUUUGGUCUUUGCAGGCGGAAACCGACACUAGAGUACACAGAGAGCAUAGUGAGAUUGAAAGGGUACUACAACAAGCAUGUAAAAGGAACAAAUCUGUGAAGGUGUUUUGGCGGGAUGCGACCACCGGGUUCGGGCACCUACGAGGUAAUGGUCAAAGCUUCCUCGUUUACCGGGUUCUAUGGUCACAGAUACGUUUGAUUUCACAGCAUUUCUUACAAUGGCUAUACCAGGAAGUGGUUUUGAUUCCUUAUCUAAGUCUCAGCUGGAUUGUCUUUGUAGCACUUUUCUUCGGAGCCUUCAUACUAGGGGUGUACUACUUGGGUGGCUGGGACAGCAUGUAG